AUGACUCCUGGUCCAGGCUCCAACACCCCGGGUGAUAUCAGGAGGGAAUCGGUACUGGAGGCGUACGGCUACCGAUCGUCUUUCAACGAAACGGCCAUCCAUGACCAGCCUAUCAUCUACACCGAGGCCGAGAAAGUCCUUCCCCGGCACCACUGGACUCACGCCGAGUACCUCGACUACCUCUCAGGGCUUGGGGUCAACUUCGUGGUGGCCACGCCAUUGAAGGUGGAUGUGUUGCUCGCGCGGGCGGCAAAAUUUGGCUGGGGCGCUGGGGAGGGGGUAGGUGUUGGAAAUGGGAGGGCUGGGUGCUGGCGGUCUAAUGUCAUGUAA